CGGGUGUUGCGCAAAAUCAAAGAAAUUAGCAAACCAACUGGUGAGCCUGUAGUAAUUAACCGUAAUCCCCGCAACCUGGAACGGCUGCGUAUUGCACAUAAGCCCAACGGAUAUUUUUUGGAAAAACCUGGCCGCUCGUUUUGGCAUAAGUUAGAACUCAGCAUAAGUGGGCGAUAUGUUACCGCGGAAGUAAGACACUUCGAGAACGGACCCAUUAUCGGCGCUAGUACGUCGGAAUGGGCGAUUAAAAAACAUUUAUACAAAACGUCUGACACACCUGCCUUUGUAAAUCUUGCUCGUGUGUUGGCAAUGAGGUGCCUACAAUCUGGUAUUACCGAAAUGGCCUGCAAUAUCAAUGCGGUUGCUGGCGGUAAGGUGGACAAAUUCCUAAAAACGUUAGAAGAAAACGGGGUAAAGUUACAGGAACCUGAACGCUUUGUCGCACCAUUGCCAUGGGAUGCUGUGCGACAUGAGAAACCGUGGGAGGUGUUGGAAGAUCAUUUAAAAUCCAAUCAACAGCCAAAGAAAGAUGUGAACACAAAGAAAGAAUAGAUUAUUUACAGUUUUUGUUAGCAAUAAAUUGUUAAUUUUAUUUUAACUGAA